GGAGCGGCGGGCGGCGGCACUGGGCAUGCUCGGCGGCGCCGCAGGUUUUGGUCACAAGUAGGAAGAAGCCAGUGAGUGCACGACACCGGCAAAGAGAAGCGGGAGCCGGAGCCGCUGCGCGUCCGUGGGGACCGUGGCCUCCGCCUCGGAGCAGCAGCAAGGCGGGACGGGCGAGGGGAGAGACCUCCGGGCCUAGAGCCGCCCAGCCUACCCUGCCGUCUUCUGUGUGAGUGUACCAGCGCGGUGCGCCGGAGCCCCGCGGCAGUCACCUGGGCGCAGGGACCUGUCCCCGCACCUGGAAGCCGGCGCGGACAGCACCGUCCCUCCGCCGACUGCGUCUGCAAGGCCCCCCUUGGGGUGAAUCGUAGCCGCCGCCUUGUACCGGCCCCCGGAGCCAGCGGCCGCCGGCACCUCGGAGGAGUAGGAGGGGGCGGCCAUGGGGCUGCUGUCCCAGGGCUCUCCGCUGAGCUGGGAGGAAACCAAGCGCCACGCCGACCACGUGCGGCGGCACGGGAUCCUCCAGUUCCUGAACAUCUACCACGCCGUCAAGGACCGGCACAAGGACGUGCUCAAAUGGGGCGACGAGGUGGAAUACAUGCUGGUAUCUUUUGAUCACGAAAAUAAAAAAGUCCAGUUGGUCCUGUCCGGGGAACAAGUCCUUGAAACGCUACAAGAGCAGGGGGAAAGGACAAACCCAAACCACCCCACCCUUUGGAGACCAGAGUACGGGAGUUACAUGAUUGAAGGGACCCCUGGACAGCCCUAUGGAGGAACCAUGUCCGAAUUCAAUACCGUGGAAGACAACAUGCGAAAGCGCCGGAAGGAGGCUACUUCUGUCUUGGGAGAAAAUCAGGCUCUUUGCACCAUAACAUCAUUUCCCAGAUUAGGCUGUCCUGGGUUCACAUUGCCCGAGUACAAACCCAGCCCGGUCGAAGGCGGAGCUUCCAAGUCCCUCUUCUUUCCAGAUGAAGCCAUAAACAAGCACCCUCGCUUCAGUACCCUAACGAGAAAUAUACGGCAUAGGAGAGGAGAGAAGGUGGCCAUCAACGUUCCAAUAUUUAAGGACAAGAACACACCAGCUCCAUUUAUAGAGUCAUUUCCCAAGGACGAGGAGGCAGCAAAGGCUUCUAAGCCAGACCAUAUUUACAUGGACGCCAUGGGAUUUGGAAUGGGCAACUGUUGUCUCCAGGUGACAUUCCAAGCCUGCAGCAUAUCUGAGGCCAGAUACCUUUAUGAUCAAUUGGCCACAAUCUGCCCAAUUGUUAUGGCUCUCAGUGCUGCGUCUCCCUUUUACCGAGGCUACGUGUCUGACAUUGAUUGUCGCUGGGGCGUGAUUUCUGCAUCUGUAGACGACAGAACUCGGGAGGAGAGAGGCCUGGAGCCACUGAAGAACAGUAACUAUAGGAUUAGUAAAUCACGAUAUGAUUCAAUAGACAGCUACUUGUCCAAGUGUGGUGAGAAGUAUAAUGACAUUGACUUGACGAUAGAUAAAGAGAUCUACGAACAGCUGUUGAAGGAAGGCAUCGAUCAUCUCCUGGCCCAGCAUGUGGCUCAUCUCUUCAUCAGAGACCCCUUGACUCUGUUUGAGGAGAAAAUACACCUGGAUGAUGCUAAUGAGUCUGACCAUUUUGAGAAUAUUCAGUCCACAAAUUGGCAGACAAUGAGGUUUAAGCCGCCUCCUCCAAACUCAGAUAUUGGCUGGAGAGUGGAAUUCCGACCCAUGGAGGUUCAGCUAACUGACUUCGAGAACUCUGCCUAUGUGGUGUUUGUGGUGCUGCUCACCAGGGUGAUCCUCUCAUACAAACUGGAUUUUCUCAUUCCACUGUCCAAGGUUGAUGAGAACAUGAAAGUAGCGCAGAAACGAGAUGCUGUCCUGAAGGAGCUGUUUUAUUUCAGGAAGGAUAUCUGCAAAGGUGGCAGUGCCGUGGUGGACGGUUGUGGCAAGGCGCAGAGCGGCACAGAGCUGGCGGCAGAGGAGUACACCCUCAUGAGCAUAGACACUAUCAUCAACGGGAAGGAAGGUGUGUUUCCUGGGCUCAUCCCUAUCCUGAACUCCUACCUUGAGAACAUGGAGGUGGAUGUGGACACCAGAUGUAGUAUUCUGAACUACCUGAAGCUGAUUAAGAAGAGAGCAUCCGGAGAAUUGAUGACGGUUGCCCGGUGGAUGCGGGAGUUCAUCGGGAGCCAUCCUGACUAUAAGCAGGACAGUAUCAUCACCGAUGAAAUGAACUACAGCCUUAUUUUGAAGUGUAACCAAAUUGCCAAUGAAUUGUGUGAAUGCCCAGAGUUAUUAGGGUCCACCCUUAGGAAAGCAAAGUAUAGCGGAAGUAAAACUGACCCUUCCACCUAGACCUGCUCCAG